UAAUUAUAACAUCUUGUUUUUCUGUGUGACUCGCAAUCUAUAGAGAAAUAUUUGUAUUUGAACGGGAAUGAGGAAGAGAUUUAAUAAAGACUGUAAAACAAGGGAAAUUUAGUUUUAUACAGUCGCAGGUACAUUUCAAGGUGAACUUCUCACAUAAAACAGAUGGGUCUGACACUGAAAACAAACACAUGCAAAAAAUAUCUGACUCUCUGUAAGAAUCAAAGCUUGCUUGAAAGAAGAGUUGACACAAACUGUUGUGGUCGGGAUAAAGCAUGAACUACAAAUUCGAGCCUGCUGGGAGGAGGAGUUUUCAUCCAGCAGGAAGUACUAUGCCACAGGAAGGGAAGGUAGUACGGGCUUGUUCCAGACCUUCUGCUGAAUCUCUCAUGUUGGGAUGAGGAGAGGAGGGUUUUUCUAUCGAUGUUGUUGACUUAAAAAUACAACCAGUGCAAACUAACUGAGUUUACAAAAAAUGCGCACACUUCUUAGGCUUGGUCAAAAAUCUCCAUUCUUCCUCAUGUAAAUCAAGGCUUAGACAAAUAAUCUGUCUCGCUCACGGUCUCCAGCAUUCUAGAUCCAUACAGAAUUGAUUUCACUUAAUCAGCGCCAUCCUUUAAAACAAACCAAAAUAAACCCAGUCCAAUUUGGCAAAAAUGAGAGGUCAUCACAUCUGUAAGCUACCAGGAAGAGUUAUGGGAAUCCGACUACUUCGCUUCUCUUCUGUGGUGAUCUUUCUCUUACUCCUCGUGGCAGGUGCUUUAAUGGCUUUGCUUCCUAACACUAAAGAUGACAAAAUGCCCAAUUUGCGAAGGGAACCAAAAUCCCAGAGCCAAUCUGCCUUGGAUUCAUUUACUCUUGUUAUGCAGACAUACAAUAGGACUGACUUAUUGUUGAAGCUCUUAAAUCAUUAUCAAGCCAUCCCCCAUCUACACAAAGUGGUUGUUGUGUGGAACAAUGUUGGGGAGAAGAUACCAGAGGAAAUGUGGAAUUCCCUGGGACCCCAUCCUGUACCUGUUGUCUUCAAAGUGCAGACCAUGAAUCGCAUGAGGAACAGACUCCAGAUCUUCCCUGAACUGGAAACACAAGCUGUUUUAAUGAUGGAUGAUGACACACUGAUUAGUGCCUAUGACCUUGCUUUUGCCUUCUCUGUUUGGAAGCAAUUUCCAGAUCAGAUAGUGGGAUUUGUUCCUAGAAAGCAUGUUUCCAGUUCUUCAAGUAUAUACAGUUAUGGCAGCUUUGAAUUGCAGACACCUGGAUUUGGAAAUGGGGACCAGUACUCCAUGGUUCUCAUAGGAGCAGCAUUCUUUCACAGUGGAUACCUAGAACUCUUUCAAAAGCAGCCUGAUGCUGUUCAUGCUUUGAUAGAUGAAACUCAAAACUGUGAUGAUAUUGUCAUGAAUUUUCUAGUGGCAAAGCAUACUGGAAAGCCUUCAGGAGUGUUUGUGAAACCUGUUGACAUAAGGAAUUUAGAAAAAGAGACUAACAGUGGUUAUUCCGGAAUGUGGCACCGAGCAGAGCACUUGCUACAAAGAUCUUACUGUCUAAAUAAAUUGGUUAAUAUUUAUAACAGUAUGCCAUUAAAAUAUUCUAACAUUAUGAUUUCUCAGUUUGGAUUCCCUAAUUAUGCCAAUCACAAGAAUAAAAUGUAAGCAUGUAUAAUAUAAGGGGUAUAAGUUACACAUCAAACAGUAAAUUCAGAUCAGUGUAAGUUAAAUGCUGAGGGACCAGAAGAAGGCAUGCAUUACUCCAGCUUGUCCUCCUUUACACAUAGCCUCUGAAUUUUGCCCACAGUAUUUUCUUUCCCCAGGGUAAAUUAUUGAGAAAGUUUAAAGAACAGUGUGUGUGUAAUGUUCACUUAUCAUAAAAUCACCUUAAUCUCUUAAUACUUGAGAAGCUGUUAUUGUCAAAAUUACAGGGCCAGAUCUUCAAAAGCAUGUGCAGAAAAAUGCAUAAUCACUUGGUGUGCACAUAUGAAAAACUUAACUUCUAUUUCUUUAGAAUAUAUUUACCCAAUCAAAUGACAUUUUGGCAUAUUUGUGUUGUUUAUAUAUAUAUAUCUUAUGAGACUGUUCUAUUUUUCUCAACAAUUUCUAGUGAAAACUUCUAAGGGUUACACUGAGCUGUUUGCAAGGGUACUAGACUUGGUUAUAAAACUCCUCAAAGCUUGUAUGUUAACUAGUGUUCUUCAGCGUGAAAUGUGCCUGAGGUUCCAAUCAAACCAUAAGCCUAACUAAGUCAUGGAACAAAGAACAGUCUCAGUAUCAAACAUCUCUAGGAGCCUCACCUACAACACUGGCCACUGAGGGGUUAUGGAGCAUGAUGUGGCUGAUGCCGCCUUUUCUCCUAUCAUUACUUUGCCCACAGUCACUGGGACGCUGCUCAGGAACUGAAAGGUAAAAGUUCUAAUUGCUAACUUGGGAAAGAUAAUGAACAUGGAAAGCAUAUAUCAUAAGAAAUGUAGCUUACUCUACCACAUAUGCAGCCAAAAGAGACAGGUGCCAUAUUUGCCAUUUACUACAGCCUUUAGAACUUACUCUUAUAUCUGUAUUUUGCAUGUACAGUAGAACCUCAGAGUUAUAAAUGCCUCAGGAAUGGAGGUUGUUUGUAACUCUAAAAUGUUCCUAACUGAA